CGGACGGCUUCGGCAGCAUUGGGACCGGUCUGAUUUUCGUGCUCUUCUGCAGUUUCUUCAGCAUUGGGGUGCUCCAUCUGUGCUGGUCGAAGCUCGGCAACAAGUCCUUCUUCAACAUCGGAGUCAAGCCCGAAGCGUUUCUGUCGCUCGAGCUACUGGCGCUGGUCGGCUAUGUGCCCAUGCUCGUACUGCAGGUCAGACGAUGCAGAGACCGCACAAGACCCGUCAUCCAUCCAUCCAUCCAUCCAUCUGUUGCCUACUCUUUCUCCUUUAGCUUCUGACGGUCUUUAUGAGCGGCGGCGAUGGCGAGGUGGCUGAUGCGGUUCCCGCCGCGACCAUGGCGGCCAUUUUGCUGGCGGUCGUCAACAUUGCUGGGGUGCUGAUACGCUUCGUGCGGGGGCGGUGCGGCAAUCGUGCGUGAGCAUGACCAUGCCGACCGACCGACCGACGUGAGUGAGCGAGCGAGUGCAGAUAGUCUCUGUUGCGUUACGUGCAUUCACUCACGAGUGUGGGACUUUUUUUGCGACACGGAUGCAUCGUACCGUGGACGGACUGGUGUGUGUGUUUUGCUGAGAGUGUGAGAGGGAGGCUUCCAGAAAAGUUGAUGAAUUUUUCGAGCCCUGCCUCCCUCCCUGCCGGCCCUGCCUGCCUGCGUUUGUCUCCGACCCCGUCUGUGUGGCGUUUGUGCCUCUCGGUUGCAUGGCAUGCAGUUGUUGUCAUGCCCCCAUAAUCCACCUGGUUGAUCCUUUUCCUUUCUUCGUUCGUUUGGCUGUGUGAGGUAUCGAUGUGUGUCUGUGUUUCUGUCUGUCUGUCUGUCUGUCUGUGUUCCUGAGUGCGAGAGUGUGAGAGUGGGUGUGAGCGUGUGUGAUCCGCGCGUUUUGGGAUGAUGAUUAUGGGUGGGGUGGGGGUCCCACGAACACGUGUAUGCGAUCUGACUUUAAAGGGACGGCUGCAUGUCCGGAUGUACUCCGUAAUACACGAUUUAUAACGGUAUGCUAUGCUUGUUUGGAUGUUUUAUCGCGUUAAUGGCUCUCUCGCUCUGUCUGUCUGUCUGCCUGUCUGUCUGUCUGUCUGGUGGCACUGUCCGCUGUGUGUGUGCGCCAUACGUUCCCGCGACCGGUGUGUGUGUGUGGAGGGGGGGACGUGUGUGUUGUUGUGCUGCAUUGUGUUGGCUGCCAUGUAGCUGUGGGUGCGGCGGCAGUGUCGUUCCGGUGACAGAACAGGGAGGGCAGGCCUAGCAGCAGCAGCAGCAGGGCGGGGAGGGGAAGGGAAGGGAAGGGUGCUGACGACAGGGGAUCACGACAGUGACUGACUUGGGAGGGAGGUGAUGACAUGCAGUGCUGUCUGUGUCUGUCCGUCCGUCUGUCUGUCCGCCUGCGUUAGUCUCUUUUUGCAUGAGCUCCUGUUGUGCAAGGGUGUACAUCGCAGUGAAGAAAGAAAGUGUGGGGGGUUGGCUGGGUGCAGUGCUUGGUCGCGUCCUAUGUCCUCUCCCUUUCCCUUCUUGCUUCUCCUCAGCUGAGUGUGUGGUCGUCAUACGUAUGUGUGUCCGUCCGUCCGUCCGUCCGUCAGUAUGUUCACUAUCUCGCUGUAUGUCUUGUUGGCGGUUCUGGGUGUGUCUGUCUGUUUUUCUCUCUGUCUCUCUCGCUGCGUCUUCUCACUGAUCUCCUAAGGGGCUCUCUCUCGAAGACAGAAAGAGGAGCAAGUAGCGCAUCGCUUGCAUGUGUGUGUGGACGAGUGAGGGAAAGGUCUUGCACAGAACCAUUUACAGCAUUUGUAAACGGAUUCAUACGGAGGCUUUCGGCCUUCUUCAGUGCUGUCUGGGCGGCCAUUUCAUCGUUCAUAUGGCCCAACCUCAAACAACUGACCAUUCCUCAGCUCAUCAAGCACCUUUCGAGCCGGUUCUCCUUAAGCAAGAUCAAUGUCCUUGGGGAGCUUCAGCGACGGGUCGAGAAGGACGGCGAGGCGGCCCUCGACGCCAUUAGUGAUGUGUCGGUGCUCGUUGGUCUUCUCAGCAGCCAUUGGCAUUCGACAGCCAUCGAGGCGGCCAAAUUUCUGGCCGCCAUGGCAUCCAUAUCUGCUGACGCCGCCGUUGAGGCCGCUGUCGUGCCCGCACUCCAGCAGCUGCUCUCGUCCCCGCAUCUCGAUGUGCGCGUCUACGUGACGAGCGCCCUCUGCAGCAUCGCAACCUCACGGCGGCAAAGGGUGGUGGUGGGCGUCAGCAUGACCUCUCUGCUCGGCGUCAUGGCCGACGGACUCAAAAGGGGCGAUGCAGCCAUCCAGCUGGAGGCCGCCACGGCAGUCCGCAAGCUGCAUGUAAUCGAAGGGCGGCCCAUCCAGGAGGCCGUCGAUGCGGCUGUCAUUGAACCACUCGUGGGGUUGCUCAGUGACUCGAGCCGCCCGACCCUCCAACGUGAAGCGGCGUGGGCGCUGACCAACAUCGCGUCGGGCACAUCAGAGCAGACCCAGGCCAUCAUUGAUGCGGGUGGCAUCCCGCCCCUCAUCCAGCUGCUGUCGUCCCCUGACUAUGGUGCGCGCCGCCAGGCCGUGUGGGCACUGGGCAACAUCGCAGUCGGUGGGUCAGCUGCUUGUGAUUUGGUGCUGGCAGCGGGCGUCAUGGAGCCGCUGCUCAAGGUGCUUCGCAAGAGCACGAAGGUGUCAAUGCUGCGCAGCGCCAGCCGGACGCUCGCGAACCUGUGCAGUAGACAGCCCCUGCCCCCCUUCGAGUUGGUGUCGCCAGCGGUGCCGGUGGUCGCAGAGCUCAUCAAGAGGCCUGACCAGGACGCUAGGGUGCUCAGACAGGGGUGCCUCGCGCUGUCGUACUUGACUGAAGAGGGGAGCGAUGAGGGCAUCGAGGCGGUGGUCGGCAGUGGUGUAUGCGGUCGUCUGGUAGAGCUGAUGGGGGGGCAUGACAGCCACACGGUCCGGAGGCAUGCACUAUGUGCUUUCGGAAAGAUCGUGGCGGGUACACAAACACACGGAAGGCUGGGUUGACGAGACAGAUUUGGAUGACUUGUUGGUGGCUGUUCUGAUGUUGGGGUGUCUGUGUGUGAGUGCUGUCAGGCAAUGAAGUGCACACACAGGAGAUGGUUGACUGCGGUGCCAUUCCUUCCUUGAAGGCGUUGCUGUCGUCACCAAGGCGGAACGUCCGCAAGGAAGCAUCGCGGGCGAUCUCCAACAUCAUGGCUGGUGGGUGCUUGGGGCCACUGGAGGGCACACAAACAACACAGUGGGAACAAUGGCGUCUCUUUGUCUGAUUAGGUAAUCGCGAGCAGCGUCAGGCGGUCAUCGACUCUGGUGUGGUGCCGCAAGUGAUCAUCAUGGCCACAACUGAUGUGCCGAGCGUUCAGGAAGAGGCACUGUGCGUCAUCAUCAACGGAGUGGGACUAGGAUCGCAGGCUCAGGUAGACGAGAUCCGAUGCAGCUUACAUUAUCCUGCAUUGCUGCUGUGUCCGUCUCGGCGUUGUGGUUCAGGUUGAGUAUUUGGUUGGGUGUGGGUGUGUCGGGCCGCUGUGUGAUCUGUUGGUAGACGGAACUGAGGUCGCCAUACUCGGUGGGGCACUCGUUGCAAUCCACAACUUCCUAUGGUACCGUUUCUGUCACAACACGACACAUUGAUGCCGUGACAAUGAAUCGUCCCCGUGUGGGCGGUUCUGUUCUAAGCAGCACGGGUGAGGAGGUGCAGGCGCGCGACGGCCUCCCACAGAGCCCCUACCGCAAUCUGAUACAAGAGGUGAGUCACACACAGGCGAUAGAGAGAGCCGGAACCAUCUGCUUGUCGGCCUGUCGUGUGUGCAGGCUGACGGUCAGAACAGAACUUCGCAGCUGGCCCACCAUCCCGACGGAGACAUUCGGAAUCGGGUCGGUCCGCGUGAAGGUAGGGUGUCUCUCUCCCCACACGUGUGAUUUCUGUGCUGUGCUGUGCUGUGUUGUGCUGGUUCAGUCGAGGGCCAUUCUCGCCACUCACUGGGACAUCAUGGUCGACAUCGACAGUGACACCGACGCAGGCUCAGAUGGCACCGACAGCACCACCACUUGUAGUGACGAGACGCUAUCAGAGGACAGCGUCGAGUGAUGGAGACCGAAAGGGGUAGAGGGGAGAGGGAUGUCUGUGCAGAUGGUUGGCUGCCGGGCCGGGUGUAUGGUGUAUGGUGCUGUGAUUUCUGCCGUGGGGAGGGAGACAGGGAGACACACAGACGGAAUGACAGCUGUACAGGUGGACGCAUACAAAACGUACUACAAGUAACGGCAUAUCCUGGC